AUGCUCAGCUCUCUCACUCCGUUCAACCUAACCUUCUUCGUCCCCAAAUCUUCAACCCUCUUCUCCAAACCCCCCGCCGCCGCCGCUCACUUCUCUCUCUCCGACUCAAACCCCAACCACCUCGCCCACUCCCUCCAGUCCGAAACCCUCGAGAUUCUCGAAUGGGCCUCCGUCUGCAACCGCCUCUCCGCCCUCGCCUCCACCUCCAUGGGCUUCUCCGCCGCGCACAAGGCCCAAAUCCCCCUCGGGAAGUCCAAAUCCGAGAGCCAGAAGCUUCUAGACCAAACCGCCGCCGCGGUCUCCGCCAUCGCGGCGAUCGGUUCUCCGCCGCCUGAUUUCCACUCCAUUGAGGACGUCUCGGAGAUCGUAAGCGCCGCCGUGUCCGGGAAAUUGCUCACUAUCAACGAGCUCUGCUCCGUUCGGAGGACUCUGAUCGCCGCCAAGGCCUUGUUCGAGGAGCUCAAAUCCCUAGCUUCGAAAGCAAAUUCCAAUAGGUACUUGCCAUUGCUAGAAAUACUUGAGGAUUGUGAUUUUCUAGUGAAGCUGGAGAGGACUAUAGGGCUGUGCAUAGACUGCAAUCUUUCGGAGAUUCUCGACACGGCUAGUGAGGACUUGGAGAUCAUUAGGUUUGAGAAGAAGAGGAAUAUGGAGAAAUUGGAUGCAUUGUUGAAGGAAAUGUCGUUUAAGAUAUUUAAGGCAGGCGGGAUUGAUAGUCCUUUGGUGACAAAGCGCAGGGCGAGGAUGUGCGUGGGUGUUAGGGCUAGGUACAAGUAUUUGGUCCCCGAUGGGGUUGUGUUGGAUGCUAGUAGUUCUGGCGUGACGUACUUUAUGGAGCCGAGUGAGGCGGUGGAGUUGAACAACAUGGAAGUGAGGCUGUCGAAUGCUGAGAAGGCUGAGGAGAUUGGCAUUUUGAGCUUCCUUACAUCAGAAAUUGCAAAGUCAGAAGCGGAGAUAGUUUAUUUGUUGGAUAAGAUUGUAGAAGUUGAUCUUGCUUUUGCGAGAGCUGCUUAUGCUCAGUGGAUUAAUGGGGUACGCCCAAUUUUCAGUUCCAAGGAUGGGAAAGAUUUCAAUAAGGAAGGAGCUGAGAUGGGGAUAUCAGUAGAUAUUGAAGGAAUACAACAUCCUUUGCUCCUUGAGUCAUCUCUUAAAAGUUUGUCUUGUUCCCUUGCAUCCAGUUCUAGAAGCUCACUUUCCUCCAAAGAUGGAAAUGAUGUAAAAAUGGCUUAUCGGAGUUUAUCUAGUGGUGUAUCUGAUUUUCCAGUGCCAAUAGAUAUCAAAAUUGGAUAUGGAACCCGAGUGGUUGUAAUCUCAGGGCCUAACACUGGUGGGAAAACAGCUUCUAUGAAAACUUUAGGCCUGGCAUCUCUUAUGUCAAAAGCCGGAAUGUAUCUGCCUGCUAAAAGCCAGCCAAAGCUUCCGUGGUUUGAUCUUGUUCUAGCUGAUAUUGGAGAUCAACAGUCCCUGGAGCAAAGCCUCUCAACAUUUAGUGGACACAUAUCACGGAUCCGUAAUAUUUUGGAAGUCGCAUCAAAAGAAUCACUUGUCCUCAUUGAUGAGAUUGGUAGUGGAACUGAUCCUUCAGAAGGCGUGGCUCUCUCUACUAGCAUAUUGCAAUAUCUCAAAGAUCGAGUUAACUUAGCUGUUGCUACUACUCAUUAUGCGGACUUAAGUCUUCUAAAAGAAACAGAUCACCAAUUUGAAAAUGCAGCCAUGGAGUUUUCUCCAGAAACCUUACAGCCAACUUAUCAGGUCCUGUGGGGAAGUAUUGGUGACUCUAAUGCAUUGAGUAUUGCUAAAACAAUUGGUUUUAACCAACAAAUAAUUGAACGUGCAAAAGAUUGGGUGGAAAGGUUAAGGCCAGAAAAGCAGCAAGAGCGUAAAGGUUUGCUAUAUCAGUCAUUAAUAGAGGAAAGAAACAGACUGGAAGCUCAGGCGAAGAUGGCGGCAUCUCUUCAUUCAGAAACCCGGGAUAUUUAUCAUGAGAUCCAAGAUGAGGCAGAAGAUCUUGACGAGCGCAAGAGAGCGCUUAUGGCAAAAGAAUCCCUACAGAUUCAGAAAGAAUUGAAGAUUGUAAAAUCUCAGUUGGAAGCUGUGCUUCAUGAGUUUGAUAAUCGGAUGAAAAAUGCUGGUACUGAUCAGUUGAAUUUGCUGAUUAAAAAAUCAGAAGCUGCAAUUGCAUCUAUUAUUGAGGCUCACAGUCCUAAAGAUGGAUUUUUGGUGAGUGAGACAUCUGAGACCACAUACACACCUCAAUAUGGGGAAAAAGUCUAUUUGAAGGGACUCAGAGAUAAGGUAGCUACUGUAGUUGAGGCACCUGGAGAUGAUGGGACAGUGCUGGUUCAAUAUGGUAAAAUUAAGGUUAGGUUGAAGAGUAAUGAGAUCAGAGCUAUUCCUAGUAGUGAUAAGACUGCCACGACGAAUUCUGCCCCACGUUUGAAGCGGCAGGUUCGGCAGAGCCUAACUGCUGAAAGCAAAGAUGGGGAGGUUUCUUAUAGUCCAGCAGUACAAACAUCAAAGAACACAGUGGAUCUCCGUGGCAUGAGGGCAGAGGAGGCUUCUUACAAUUUGGACAUGGCUAUUGCUGCUAGAGAGUCUCAGUCAGUUCUUUUUGUUGUACAUGGUAUGGGCACAGGGGUUAUCAAAGAGCGAGCACUUGAAAUUUUAAGGAAACAUCCACGAGUAGCCAAGUUUGAAGCAGAAAGUCCAAUGAAUUAUGGUUGUACAGUUGCAUACAUCAAGUAAAAUGGCCCGUCUUCUGGUUAGUGAUCCUUGUUAAUACUCACACACAAACACAAACAUGGCAAUGAUUAUCUAGAUUGUCAUUUUGUAAAAUCGCAGUCAUCAAUCUUACUGUGGCUGAAAUCUGUACAUUUUGCCACCUUUUUGUCUAUAAUUUCAUCAUUUCAAUGAUUACAGAAACACCAUUAUG